GUUUUUAACUUCCUAGGUAAACGCAUUACUUUAAAAAAAAAAACACUCAUAAUUGUCCCAAUACACUCUCCAUAAAUCUAAAAAUAUUAUUUUUAAACAAAAUCAAAAGACAAAUCUAUAACACCCAGUUAUUGAUUUUCAAGAAUACAUUUUUUUUUUCAAGAAAGACAUCGUGCAUAAUCUUGUUUCAGCUGUAGUUGUUGAAGGGUGCAGGGUUUUCGGGUUCAUCAGUUGACUUUCAAUCAAGAAGAUUUGUCACCGUCAGUUCAGUAUUAUUGGGGUAGAUGCAAGCUUGAUAGUAAUGUCUGUACUCAUUGAAGGGCUUCCUGAUGCUGUUGCACUCAGGUGUCUUGCACGGGUUCCGUUUCAUCUUCAUCCCAAGUUAGAGCUUGUUUCCCGUUCUUGGCGAGCUGCUAUUCGAAGUGGUGAACUAUUUAAGGCAAGACAGGAGGUCAAUUCGGCUGAAGAAUUUUUAUGUGUCUGCGCCUUUGACCCUGAUAAUUUAUGGCAGCUUUACGAUCCUAGGCGUGAUCUUUGGAUUACGCUCCCUGUUCUUCCGUCAAACAUCAGACAUCUUGCUCACUUCGGUGUGGUAUCUACUGCUGGAAAACUGUUUGUUCUAGGUGGUGGAAGUGAUGCUGUGGAUCCAUUGACUGGUGACCAAGAUGGUAGUUUUGCCACUGAUGAGGUAUGGUCGUAUGACCCGGUAACCCGAGAAUGGAGUCUGUGCGCAUCUAUGAUUGUGCCUCGAGCCAUGUUCGCUUGUUGUGUGUUCGAUGGGAAGAUAGUUGUUGCUGGGGGUUUUACUAACUGUAGAAAAUCAAUAUGUAGAGCAGAAAUCUAUGAUCCUGAGAAGAAUGUUUGGGAUCCGAUCCCUGAUCUCCAUCACACACACAAUUCUGCAUGCUCAGGAGUGGUUAUUGGUGGUAAAGUUCACGUAUUGCACAAAGGUUUGUCAACUGUUCAGGUUUUGGAAAAUGUGAAGCAGGGUUGGACUGUGCAUGAGUACGGUUGGCUCCAAGGUCCAAUGGCUGUUGUUAGGGGAGAGCUUUAUGUUAUGAGUCAUUGGCUCAUAUACAGGCAGCAAAGAGAAACAAGGAAGAUGGUAGUUUCAGCAUCUGAAUUCCGAAGAAGAAUUGGGUUUGCCAUGAUAGGUCUGGGAGAUGAAAUCUAUAUUGUUGGAGGGGUUAUUGGACCCGAGCGCUGGAAUUGGGACAUUAAAUUGCUGUCUGAUGUUGAUGUUCUGACGCUUGGAAGUGAGAGGCAAGUGUGGCGUCAAGUUACUCCAAUGACAAAGUGUAGAGGAACGGUCCUUGGCUGCACUCAGAUGAGAAUAUAGUUCAUGUAUAAUGGAUCGAAUUCCAUUGCAGUUUCCUUUGAAUAACUGCUUCAGAAAAGGGUUUGAGUUGUGCCUGCAGGAUGCAAGGAAUGAUAUUUUCAGCUUUCUGGCAGCUUCCGUGCAUAGUAUAUAAACCCUUUUCGCUCACUCCUGCUAGUUAUUUUAGUAAAGCUAUAUCCAUACCUUGAAUGCUGACGAUUUUAACAUGAAAAAUACACUUGGUUUGCAUCAAGGAGGUUUCUUUCCUCAAAAAUUGUGUUCUUGUAUUGUCUGUAUGGAGAUAAAUUAGCUGGUUGCCCUGCUUGAUUCUUUUCUGUAAGCAAUGGGCAUGUUUUUCUAUUGUCAACAAAGUAAACAUAAAUCUUUUUGGUC